AUGAAGGCAUCCCACUUCUUCCUCUGCCUCCUCUCCAUGUCAUCUUGGUUGAAUUUGAUGCCGACGGCUGGGACCAAAAUCUUCCACAUUGGAGCCUGCAGCAUUUCCAUGAGUGUGUCUGAGAUCAGGUCUGGUUUCACUGCAAUUAAAGCCAACAUUCAAGCCCGGGACCCCAUCAGGACCCUCAGCAUCUUGUCUCGCCCGCACUCUCUGCACAAAGUCAAGUCUUCAGAAAGAUGCUGCGUCACCCAUCAGCUCUUCAACUUCUACGUGGACAAAGUUUUUAAACACUGCAAGACUGAGGACUCGUACGUCAACCGGAAAAUCAGCAGCAUCGCCAACUCCUUCCUCAGCGUGAAGAGGAAACUCGGGCAGUGUCAUGAGCAAAAUAAGUGCACUUGUGGACAGGAAUCCACUGAGAAACUGCAGCAAGUACUUGUGAACUAUGAGGGGCUGAACGUCACAUCUGCAGCAAUCAAAUCCCUGGGCGAGCUGGACAUCCUGCUAGACUGGCUGGAGAAAUCUCCUUAG